AUGAAUCAAAAUUCUAUGAUGAAUCUUUUUGAUGAAAUUAGAUUUGAAAUUAACAAUCAGACAAUUGAUAAAACAAAAAAUGUUGGUGUAACUACGACUAUGAAAGGAUACUGUUCGUUCACGCCUAACGAUAUCGUACGGUUACAACCAGCUGGAUGGAAAAACGAAAAUAAAUUAUACAAAGACGAAGACUUCAUGGAUGACAACGAAUUCGUAGCACAAUGUCCGCUGUACAUGUGUAUGGGAUUUUUCGAACGAUACCGGCGUGCAUUAGUGAACUGCAAUCAAACACUUAUUUUGAUACGAUCGGGCACCGACAGUUCCGCUAUAAUGCUCGUACCACCAACAGAAGCGCAAAAAGAACAAGUUAUGUCCAAAAGUAAUAUUGCGUUAAUUAAACAGACGAAAGUGAAUAUUACAAAAAUUAAAUGGGUCGUGAAGUAUUUCGAACCGAAUGUAAAAACGGAAUUGGGUCUAAUGCAUAUAUUGGAUAAUAAAAAAUGGUUACCGUUAGAGUUUCAACACUGGGACACUGCAGUAUACCCACUGGUUCCGCAAACAAUCACUCAUACGUGGCCGGUGCGUGCGUACUCAGGUGUUGAAAAACCUAGGUAUUUACUCAUAGCCAUGGUGACGGAAUCCGAUGGGGUACACGGAAAUUUCAACCAUUGUUCUCUGCGCAACAUUAAAGCGUAUUUGAACGCGGACGAGUACCCGUACGAAAACCAAAAUGCAGAUUUUGACAAAGGCAA